AUGAGAGUCUCAACGGCAUUCAUGGACCCUCCCGCUCCCGAUAUGAACUCGGGGCGGUCUCAGAACGUACAUGAGGGCAAUAUAUUUGACCACGAGGGUGUCUCCCAGGGGAUCCAGCCACUACCCUCUCCUAUGGAUCUUCUGACUGAUAAUGUACUCUGGGAAAGUUGGGGAUCACCAGCACUGCCUCAGGAAGAGGCACUUUGGACAACAGCUGGCGUCACGGAAACGGGUCAACAAAAUGCCAGCGCCGCCCUGGCAUCAAAUCGAACUCGAUCUGGCCGUCGUCUUACUCGGCCAGCUGUUCGAGAAUCCGAGUCUGUGGCAACAAAACGGGAACCUGUCAAAGCGACUGCAAAAAAGCGGAAGCGUCUGAACCGCCAGGUGAAUAUAGUUUGCACUGGCUGCUACCGAGGACACAGCCCCUCGAAUAAUUUGAUUGUUCUAUGUGACUCAUGUGAUGCUCCGUGGCAUCAGAAAUGCCACAAUCCGAGUAUUGAUAGUGAGGUCAUCGAAAUCCCGGAGAUGGAUUGGUUUUGCAUCAAGUGUAAACCUGAGCAGCGUCAGACAGCCCAGACCAAAUCUCAAAAGAAGGCUGCAACAAAUGUGAAAAAGGUUGGACGCCCAAAGAAGCAGCCUGUGUCUGAACCUCAAAUUGGUGGAAAUUGUUAUUCGGAGGAAGAACGACGGGCGUAUCUGUCAUCUCUUUCGCAUGGUUCGCUAGUCCAGCUUAUAAUGAAAGUCUCAAAUGAGUGGCCGUCGGUUCCUAUCUUUCCCCACGACAUGCGACCCGUGGCCGAUUUCACACCAUCACCCUCUGCGACUCCACACAAUAAUCGGGCUUCCGACGCUACAACGAAGAAAAACCCACGUUCUGCAUUACUUGAUUGGGGAAGCUUGGAACACGCGUCUGAGAACGCCAACGCUAUGGAUUCAAAUCAACGAGUCGGUAAGAUUUCUGAUACCAUAGCGCCCGAAGCUACUGCCGUGGACGCCGAUGAACUCUUUGCAGCAAUGGCCUCCAAUGCUGCUCCCAGUCAUGCUCCCCCAGCGUCUCAUGGUGGAAUCAUUACAGACCAGAUCUUCAGCGGAACCUCUCACGCACAUGCUCCCACAACUGCUCCGCAGCUUUCUACCACCAUGACUUCGCAGGCUCCUUCCAGAGCCGCACGCAGAUUUACGUCUCAAGCUGCGCCUGCAGCUACGCGUGCUCGCAAGGCCUCAUCUGUUUCCUCAAACUCCGACUUGCUCACCGACGAGGAGUCAUUAUACUCCCAAUCUCGACUACAGUCUCCUACUCCAUCCGCGUCUCAGGCUUCACACGGCGAAUCCCAGCAUGAAUCGGAUUAUGACCCUGAAGAUUAUCGUGCUUACCCUGAAGCUGGUCGAGGCUUUCAGGUGCCAUCGACCCCUAGCGAUCUCAACAUCAUGGCUGAGGAUAGGCAUUGCCCUACCUUCAGUCACUCUAUCCGAGGUUCGGCUCAGGAGGCUCGGAGCAAGAAGCCUUAA